AUGCCACAGUAUAGUUUUGAUGAAAUUCCACAAAUUGAAUCACGAUCUCGUGUAGCUAUUAUUACUGGUGCUAAUGAAGGAAUUGGAAAAGUAACAGCACGUGAAUUAGUACGAAAAGGUUGGCAUGUUAUUAUUGCUUCACGUAAUGAAGAAAAAGCACAACAUGCUAUUAAAACAAUUCGACAAGAAAUAAAUAUGCCUGAUGCACCACUUGAUUUUAUUCAACUUGAUCUUUCAUCAUUAACAAGUAUACGAAAAUUUGUUGAUGAAUUUCAUCAAAGACAAUUACCAUUACAUCUUUUAAUAAAUAAUGCUGGAGUAUUUUUAUCGGAAUUUCAAUUAUCUGAAAUUGGUGAAGAAUUACAAUUUGCAACAAAUCAUUUAGGACAUUUUCUUUUAACAAAUUUAUUAUUAGAUGAUCUUCGAGCAUGUGUUUCAUCACGUAUUGUUAUUGUAUCAAGUGGUGCACAUUCACAAGCAUCAAAUAUUAAAUUUGAUGAUCAAGAACGUAAUCAACCUUUUCCAACAUCAACCGUUGGUAAAUUUCGAGCAGCCUUUGAAUGUUAUUGUCAAUCAAAAUUAGCCAAUGCUAUGAUGUGUACUGAACUUGUACAUCGACUUGGACCUGAAUCGAAAGUCUAUUGCAAUGUUUUACAUCCUGGUGUAAUCAAAACAUCAAUUUGGAGACAUAAUCAAUGGACUGGACGUUUGACGAGACCAUUUAUGCGAUCACUUGAUAAUGGUGCUAUGACAACACUUUAUGUUGCUACUCAUCCUGAUAUUGAACAAAACAAUAUACGUGGUGCUUAUUUUGUUCCUAGUAAAAUAUUACCACCACCAUAUUGUCGACCUGCUAUAGCUGAAAUGAAUUCAAUUGCACAUGAUAGACAACAAUGUCAAAAAUUAUGGGAAUUAAGUCAACGUUUAACAAACUUAAAUACAACAAUUUAA